ACGAAGAUAAUACACAUAAAACGCUACCGCCCCCACUUUUUUAUUUUAUUUUUUCUUCCUCUUAUCUUUUUCCCUUUGUUUUUUUGAGGUACAAAUAGUGGAAACCUAAUAGCCAUGGAGUAUUAGAGCCACCCCAUACAAAUAGAAAGAGGAACAGCUUCUUGCCGUAAAGAAAAGAAAAAAAGGAAGGGAACUUGGAAGAAGAGGGUGAAAAAAAAAGGGUUUCUGAAAAAUACCAUAGGUGAUAGUUUUUUCUUUUCACUUUUUUAAUAAUAAGAAUAUAUAGUAAUGGGGAGAGGAAGAGUGGAGUUGAAGAGGAUCGAGAACAAGAUAAAUCGACAGGUGACGUUUGCAAAGAGGAGGAAUGGUUUGCUAAAGAAGGCUUAUGAGCUUUCAAUUCUUUGUGAUGCUGAGGUUGCUCUUAUCAUUUUUUCUAAUCGUGGCAAGCUCUAUGAGUUUUGCAGCACUUCUAGCAUGGCUAAGACACUUGAGAAGUACAACAGUUACACCUACGGAGCAUUGGAACCUGGUCAAACGGAAAUUGACGCACAGAGCAAUUACCAGGAAUAUUUAAAGCUCAAAUCAAAAGUUGAGGUCCUUCAGCAAUCACAGAGACAUUUUCUUGGGGAAGAAAUAGCGGACUUGGGCACUAAGGAACUGGAGCAGCUUGAGCAUCAGUUGGACUUCUCAUUGAAGAAAAUCAGGUCCACAAAGAUGCAGUUGAUGAUUGACCAACUUUCUGAACUGCAAACAAAGGAAGAAGUCCUACUGGAAACCAACAGAAACUUGAGAAUGAAGUUGGAUGGAAGUGGUCCAUCAAUGAGAUCAUCAUGGGAAACGGGGGAGCACAGCAUUCCAUACAACCAUCCACCACCUCCUCCUCAGUCAGAGGGAUUUUUUGAGCCUUUACACUGUAACAAUUCACUGCAAAUUGGGUACAACCCUAUUAGUGUAACAGUUGAGGACACUGCUACAGCCUCUGCACUUGCACCAAGUGGAUUCAUCCCUGGUUGGAUGCUUUGAUUGUUUCAACUUUAAUUACAAAGAAUUCCAUAUUUUCUCAUAUAAACUGAUUAGAAAUUAAGAAUAGGCAAUAAUUAAAGCAAAUUCCAGGUUCCAACCUAUAUUUUGUUGCAUCUGUUACGAAGGAUGCAUGAAUGGUUUUAAGCGUGGGCGAAGCUCCAAUAUUUGUAAAAAUUUGGAUGACAUAUAUAUUUUACUCGCAUACUAUGUCUUUAGUUA